AUGGCCAACAAGUUAAGCAAUUCCAUCCCAACAACAUCAACAUUUCUUAUCCUCCUCCUACCCUUGUUUUUCUUCGCCCUAGUUUUCGCAGACACCCCUCCAACCUCUUCUGUCUCUCCCGGAACCAUAUGCAAAUCCACCCCAGACCCUUCUUAUUGCAAAUCCAUGCUCCCUCCCCAAAACGCCAACGUUUAUGACUAUGGCCGAUUCUCAGUGAGAAAGUCUCUUUCACAGGCCACCGAUUUCUUGAACUUGGUUAACAGAUACCUCCAACGCCGCUCUUCUCUUUCAACCUCCGGAAUCCACGCUCUCCAAGAUUGCCAAACCCUCGCCGAACUCAACGUCGACUUUCUCUCCAGUUCCUUCCAAACGGUGAACAGAACAACCAGGUUCCUUCCCACUUCACAAGCUGACGACAUCCAAACCCUUCUCAGCGCCAUUCUAACCAACCAACAAACCUGCUUGGAAGGUCUCCAAGCCACCGCCUCCGCUUGGCGCGGACUCUUCCUCCCGCUUUCCAACGACACCAAGCUCUACAGCGUCUCUCUCGCACUCUUCACCAAGGGCUGGGUCCCCACCAACGCUAACGUCACCGCCUUUAAACCACACGCUAAACACCGCGGCUUUCGAAACGGGCGUUUGCCGCUCAAGAUGUCCAGCAGAACACGCGCGAUCUACGAGUCCGUUAGUCUUAGAAAGCUCCUCCAGGCGAAUGUGGGUGACGAGGUGAAGGUAAAGGACAUUGUCACCGUGAGCAAAGAUGGUAGCGGGAACUUCACCACCUUGAACGACGCCAUUGCGGCGGCGCCGAACAAGUCUUCCUCUACAUCGGGGUACUUCCUGAUCUACGUCACCGCUGGUGUUUACGAGGAAAACGUGUCAAUUGACAAGAAGAAGACAUACUUGAUGAUUGUUGGAGAUGGCAUCAACAAGACAAUUAUUACAGGGAAUCGCAGUGUGGUUGAUGGAUGGACAACGUUCAAGUCGGCAACCUUUGCGGUGGUUGGAGCAGGUUUUGUAGGGGUCAACAUGACUAUACGAAACACUGCUGGAGCAGAGAAGCACCAAGCCGUAGCACUCCGUAACGGCGCAGAUUUAUCAACGUUCUACAGUUGCAGUUUGGAGGGGUACCAAGACACGCUCUAUGCGCAUUCCCUGCGACAAUUCUACAGGGAAUGCGACAUCUACGGCACCGUCGAUUUCAUAUUCGGAAACGCCGCCACAGUGUUCCAAAACUGCAACCUCUAUCCUCGUCUUCCAAUGAGUGGCCAAUUCAACGCCAUAACCGCACAAGGCCGAACCGACCCCAACCAAAACACUGGCAUUUCCAUCCACAACUGUACGAUUACACCAGCCGACGAUUUGGCUGCGAACCUAAACGCCGCUGAAACUUAUCUGGGAAGGCCUUGGAAAAAUUACUCAAGGACAGUUUACAUGCAGAGUUUCAUGGACAGUGUGAUCAAUGCUGCUGGUUGGCGUGAAUGGGACGGUGAUUUUGCUUUGACCACUUUGUACUAUGCAGAGUUUAACAACACUGGACCUGGAUCUACCACCGCCAACAGAGUCACGUGGCCUGGUUAUAACAUGAUUAAUGCCACCGAUGCUGCUAAUUUUACCGUCUUUAACUUCUUGCUCGGAGAUAACUGGCUUCCCCAGACCGGAGUGCCUUACGCCAGUAACUUCGUAUAG